AUGCCUCAUAUUCCAACUGAAGUCUUGCUCACCAUCGGUGAGCUCCUUGACGGACGAUCCCUAGCCGCCUGUCUUCAAGUCGCCCGGGACUGGUACGACGCCCUGUGCCCUUUCGUCUGGACAACAAUUUCGGAGCGGCAAUGGACCAACUACACCUUCCCGCCCGUCUCUUGGAUACCACUCAUCAACGACAAUGGCCAUCUCAUCGCAUCUCAAGAACAACGAAAAGCCAAGAUUGACUGGGGCCUUCAGCAGACACGCUACCUCACUUUUUACAACAAUAAUGCGCUCGCGAAGAAGCUACCUUGGUAUAAGAGUAGCCGGCUCCCUCGUCAGAUAUUGAUGAUUCAGCUCGUUCAUGUCGUUCAGAGGACACUCAACUUAGUGCGGUUCUCGCUGGUCAUGAUGUACCACGGCCCUGACGAUGUUAACCUGGCAACGAUGCUCGAGUUGCUCCACCAGAAGCCAAUGCUGGAGGCUGUCGAGAUCGAUCUGCCAUACCGGACGCGACUUGUCCCAAUUAAACAUCACUUCCAGUUGUUCGCCAGGCUGAAGGAACUCAAGAUCGGGGGAGACUGGUACCGAGGCGUCAAAACUCUUGGGUUUACGCCUGACAAUAUCACGCCCUGGAAGUUGAAGCAUCUGACGAUCGACCGUCUCGACAUGUCCUUUUUCCGAUUCUGCCCCAGCCUCGAGCGUUUAACAUUCAGUUCUUCCAUCAACGGUUACAGGGAUCCCGAGAGCUUGGAAGUCAGGGAAGUGAUUAUGGAACAGCUGCGACAGUUGAUCAAGUUAGUGACUUUUAUCUUUGAGGAGAACUACCACCACCCCGAAUACGAGUACAAGAUCCAGCAGGAGAAAACAGGAACUGGAGAGGAUCGAUGGGCGUUGACAUCUGAUGAUGUCGUGAGAACCUACUCUCUGGUCCAGUUGCUCCACAUGAUAUGA